GCAAGAGAUCAGAUUCGCUACCAGAGAAUACCAGCAGUUGCUGUAGCUGCGACUGCGGAAAGUGCAGCGAGUUCGACUAAGGGUGUCAAGGUGCAGAUCACUCUGGUCAGAGAAUGCGGAUUCGGUCAGGCCUUCGGAGUGGUGGGAGGAGCGCCGGAACUCGGCCAAUGGGAACCGAGCAGAGCACUUCAGAUGGAAUGGUCGCCUGGCCACGUCUGGUCGGCUCAAACUGUGUUGCCUGCCGGGUCACGGAUCGAGUUCAAGAUCAUCAUGGUGACAGAAAAUGGAGAUAUCGUGUGGCAACCAGGCCCGAAUAAGACAGCCGUUGUCUCCAACGCCAAGGGGAAGCAGCUUCUUCACCUCCCCUGGGACAAUGAGGACCUUCCGCCUCUUCCGCGGACGGCGGACGCUGGCGCAGUGAAGGCAGGCGCGGUAGCGCUUGCUCCGGAAUUUCAAGAAGCGGAGCUCGCGAGCGGGAAUACAUCAUUGAAGGGAGCGGGCGAGGAGAAGGCAGAGGCGGCUGAACGCACUGAGCCGGCAGUUGAGGCGGCUGUAGCGCCCUCCGCACAGGCGAAGGAGGCAAGUGGCGGGCAGGCGCAGGAGAAGGCCGAGAAGGAGGCCAGGGAGGAGGAGGCAGUGGAGAAGACGAGAGCCGAGGCUUCCCCUCCGGAACCAGACGCUAAAGAGGGCACCAAGCAAGCAGGGCAAGCCUCUAAGAAGAAACCCGUCUCGCCAACUGCUCGAGUGCUGCAGGCAGAUGCAGCAUGGGGCCAGCGCGUGUGGGGUUCGCUAAUUUCCUCAUGGGGACGCCAAUCGCUGAUGGACGAGGAGACGGAUCGGAAUUAG